CCGACCUCUUCGCGCGCUCAGUUUUGACCGCGCGUUUGGCGCGAAAUGUCGCUUCACGGUGCUAUUUUCCCGCGCGUAUUUAUUUAAAAUUACGAUUGUAACACAAAAAUAAUACAAAUGAUGGAUUUAAAAGAGAUAAUAAAGUGGUUUAUCCCGUGUUUUCAUAUAUUGCUAAUGAAAAAAGUGAAAAUGUGCCGAUUUAUAUUUAUUUGUUUGUUUUUACUUUUUAUUUUGCGCCCCAGUUAUGCUUCGGACGCGAGUAAGUUAGUUAGUGGUGGUGAUGAUACCAAAAAUGCAUUUAAUUAUUAUAAUUUAGACAAUAAAUUAAACCAAAGUGAUUAUUUUGAUGUGAAAAUGGAGAGUGGAGAGAGAAGCCAUGAUACGUCUGUCGGCCGCACCUUCGGUAGACCUCUGAAGAAGAUGGUGCAGGCUCUCAUCCCGCUGGCGUUCCAGAUCGGAGCGGCUUCCACGUGGGCCGUGGUGGCAGCCCUGGUGGGCGUCAAGACACUGCUGGUGGCGCUGGCUAUAUUGAAGCUGUUGCUCAUUGCUGGCGCUGCUAAGAUUGGAGCCCUCUUCGGCCAGAAAGCACAUGGUCACAGCCAAGGCUGGGAACCUCCUCAUCAGAAGGAGAUCCACCUCCACAUCCACAACGGAGGACAUUCUGAAGUUCAUGAUGAGCAUGUCUCUGCCUGGAACAGAGAUGGCGCCGCCACCGCUACUGCUGACAAGAACAUCAACUUAGUUAUUAACCCUUACGCCGCCGCAGCGGGCCCUCAAACUAUAAGCACUCCUUAUGGUAAUUACGUAAGAGUUGACAAUCCUAGUGCGAUAUCAGCACUAUCCAGUCUUAAUACGUAGUAUUCAAAAUCAAAGUCAAAGUCAAAAUCAUUUAUUUCAAAUAGACCAGGAAGGCGCUUUUGAAUGUCAAAGCAAAUAUAAUAAUAUUAAUAACGUCUGUCUGUCGGUCAGUCCCCUAGUGAAGCUAUUUGCUCGUUCCAAAGUGUAGAUACCUAUGGAGAAGAACGAGCAAGAAACUUCACAGGUUACUCUUUUCGAAUCAGAUUCACAAUACAAUACUUGGUUACAUUGUUUCGAUUGCUUCAACUAUGUGAGAACAAUGUAAACCUAAUAUACAGUCCAAGCGACAGAAAAAGAAAAUAACCUAGAGGACCUAUUUAUGCUAAAAUGUGCGUAUGUAUGUAUGUUUGUUUUGUCACUUUAUGUAUGUAUUCAAAAACCAGUGAUCGCAUUUUUGAUAAUACUUUAGUCUUUAGUACGCUACGUAAACGCUACUCAAUUUUAAGUUGUACUUAAAUAUCGUGCUAUCUCUGUCAUUUUAUAAAGAAUUGAUAGUGACAGAACUACAUUUGAGAGCGUCUUAAAAUUGAGUAGCGCUGUGUUCGGGCAUAAGUAUGAUAUUUUGUAUAUAACUAAAAAUCACGGUUUACGCACGUAAAUUAAUGGAGAAAAGCUCUACUAGUUUUGAGUCACAGAAGGACUCUUCAUCAUGAGCAGCGUGCGCAGACUUGCAGCCUAUAUUCUUAAUGUACGUGAGUAAACCGUGAUUUUUAGUUAAUUUAGUAUGUCUCAAGAUAGUUAUUAUAAAAAUAUGUUUAAUAGCAUCAAUCUCUGAACGAAUUUGCUAAUUCCUUUUAAUGUAAAGUUAGAAAUUAGAAUAAAAUGUCAUUAAUGAGUGUUUGUGCGUUUGGAUUUAAAUUAUUUAUUUAUAUUAGUAUUAAUUACUUAAUAGUUAUUUCUUUAGUCAACCAAUCUCGCUUGAUUAUAGAAAUACUUUCUCUAAUAAUAAUUGUAAAACAUAUGUAUGUUGGUAACAUAUACAACACAUAUUACUAAGAAAAAAAGAAACGUUAGCUACGUUAACCGAUAAC